CCUCGGAUCUGGCUGGACUACUGCCAGUUCCUCAUAGACCAGAGGAAGGUGACCAAGACGAGGAGGACUUUAGAUCGAGCGCUCCAGGCUCUCCCUCUCACCCAACACCGGAGGAUAUGGCCGCUGUACAUCAAAUUUGUCUGCUCUCAUGACCUCCCCGAGACUGCCAUCAGAGUCUAUCGCAGACACCUCAAGCUGAUGCCAGAGAACACAGAGGAAUUUGUGGAAUAUCUGAUGUCUAUUGACAGACUGGACGAGGCCGCAGUCAAGAUGGCCGACAUUGUCAAUGAUGACAAGUUUGUGUCCAAGGAGGGCAAGUCCAAGCAUCAGUUGUGGCAGGAGCUGUGCAUCCUCAUCUCCAAGAACCCAGAGAAGGUGACAUCUGUCAAAGUUGAUCCGAUCAUCCGCGGAGGAAUUCGCCGGUUCACCGAUAUGAUUGGUCAGCUGUGGUGCUCUCUCUCUGACUACUACAUCAGAGCCGGCCACUUUGAAAAGGCACGAGAUAUCUAUGAAGAAGCCAUACAGACUGUGACGACGGUGAGAGAUUUCAGUCAGGUGUUUGACGCCUACGUUCAGUUUGAAGAGAGCAUGAUCCACGCCAAGAUGGAGACCGUGGCCGACAUGGGCCCCCAGCGGAGAUGACGACCUGGAUCUGGAACUGCGCCUGGCCAGGUUCGAGGAGCUGAUGGAUCGCAGACCGUUCCUACUCAGCAGUGUGCUGCUGAGGCAGAAUCCUCACAACGUUCACGAGUGGCUGAAAAGAGUUAAACUUUUUGAAGACAAGCCGCGAGAAGUCAUCAAUACAUUCACGGAGGCAGUACAGACUGUCUCCAUGGACCAGGCAGUUGGGAAGGUCCACUCUCUCUGGACCAGCUUUGCCAAGUUCUACGAGGAGAAAGGUCAGCUGGCGGAGGCCAGGGUCGUCUUUGAGAAGGCCACGAGAGUUCCGUUCAGGAACGUUGACGACCUGGCCACUGUGUGGUGUGAAUAUGCCGAGAUGGAGCUCCGCCACGAGUUCUAUGACAAGGCUCUGCAGUUGAUGCAGAGGGCAACUGCCAUGCCAACCAAGAGGGCCGCCUACCACGACAAGAGCGAACCGGUUCAGAACCGGUUAUUCAGGUCUCUGAAGGUGUGGUCGAUGUACGCGGAUCUCGAGGAGAGUCUGGGAACAGUGGAUUCCACCAAGGCUGUCUACAAUAGGAUCGUGGACCUCAAGAUUGCAACUCCCCAGAUCAUCAUAAACUACGCCCUCUUUCUGGAGGAAAACAACUUCUUUGAAGAGGCUUUCAAGGCAUAUGAACAUGGAGUGUCUCUGUUCAAAUGGCCACACGUCUUUGACAUUUGGAACACGUACCUCACGAAAUUCAUCAAACGAUAUGGAGGGAAGAAGCUGGAGAGAGCUCGUGAUCUGUUUGAGCAGGCUCUGGACGGCUGUCCUGCCAAGUUCGCCAAAACCAUAUUCCUGCUGUAUGCCAAGCUGGAGGAAGAACAUGGCCUGGCAAGACAUGCCAUGUCUGUCUACAACAGAGCUACCACUGCUGUGCUGGCCGAGGAACAGUUUGAGAUGUUCUCCAUCUACAUCAAGAGAGCAGCCGAGGCGUUUGGCAUCACUCACACCAGGGAGAUCUACGAGAAGGCAAUCGAGGUGCUCCCUGACGAAGGGUCAAGGGACAUGUGUAUGAGGUAUGCUCAGCUGGAGACCAAACUGGGAGAGGUGGACAGAGCUCGCUCCAUCUACAGCCACGGGUCACAGUUCAGUGAUCCCAAGACGACCAAGUCCUACUGGAAGGUGUGGCAAGAGUUUGAGAUUCGCUAUGGUAACGAGGACACUUUCCGUGAGAUGCUGAGGAUCAAGAGGAGUGUCCAGGCCCAGUACAACACCCAGGUCAACCUCAUGUCGGCUCAGAUGUUGGCCACUGCCAACAAGGAGGUCCAGGUUACAGGUGAGGAUCUGUCUGAGUUCUAGCUAUAGAGGGAGAGAGGAAGGGAUGUUACUUUGUAGGUCGUUAAAGUCUAGAAGUCUGAGAAAGGUAGAGUUUUAGUUUAACUGCAAGAAAUAGGAUCAGUGUUGGAAAGAUGUGCGUAUAGAUCUGUGGUGGAAAGAUGUGCGUAUAGAUCUGUGGUGGAAAGAUGUGCGUAUAGAUCAGUGGUGGAAAGAUGUGCGUAUAGAUCAGUGAAAAUAGGCACAAGCGGAAAAGAAGGUGGUGUGUGAUGUGUGUUCAGGAGAGAGUCUGGAUGAGAUGAGGUUGCUGGAGGAACAAGCUCGCAGGAUCGCGGAGGAGGCAAAGAAAGACAAACCGAAGACCAUGACCUUUGUCAAGAGCAGCGAGGCAUCGGCAGAGAUGGAGGAGAUGGCCAAAGUCUCGGGUGCCAACCCGGAUGAGAUAGAGCUGGGGGACAGUGGAGGGGAGGAGGAGGAGGGUCCCGAGCCGGUACCGGAACCUGACCAGAACCAGAAGGAGGUGGAGAUCCAGGAGCAGGUGGUCCCGUCUGCUGUGUUUGGAUCUAUUCCGGAGGAGAUGCAGGGAGCGGUGCUGGGCGCCAGGCAGAGGUUCUCUCUCACCAAGAAGACCUGACACAAAAUCUCUUUUUAGAGAAAUCCGUUUUCACAUUUGUCGUUGUUCUAACUCAACCUCAGUGUAUAAUUAUACUGUGAAUUAUACAUUAUUCAAUGUGAUUGGUUCGUGAUGAGGUAAUGUCAGUGAUUUGAUGCAGUGCUAUCCGUCAAUGGUCUGCUAACAGUUGUCUGAAGAUGAUCUUGUCUUCACUGGACACCUUAUCCACUGUCCCACUUGCAUCUACCU